CCCCUCACUACUCUCUCUUUUAACCCUCCUCUCUCUCGCUCUCUCUCUCUCUCUGUAUUCUCCGCUCACAAGAACAGAUCUUUAACCUUCCAGAACCACCGGAGCGAAGAUGAACGAUUUGAUGACAAAAUCGUUUAUGAGUUACGUGGAGCUGAAGAAGCAGGCGAUGAAGGAUCUUGAAUCCGGGCCGGAUCCGGACAUCGAGAUGGGCCAACUCGACCCGGGCGACGAAAGGAACCUCUCCAAGUUCUUUGAAGAUGUGGGCGCUAUCAAGGCCGACAUGGAAGAGAUCUCUAAUCUCCUUCUUGAUCUUCAAGACCUCAACGAAGAAACCAAAUCUGCGCAGAGCGCCAAGAUUCUCCAUGGCCUCAGGGACAGGACUAACUCUGAUAUGGUCACUGUUCUCAGAAAGGCCAAAAUCAUCAAAACAAAACUCGAAUUGCUCGACAAAUCAAAUCUGUCGAAUCGAAGUUUGUACAAAGAAGGAACCCCAAUUGAUCGGACUAGAAUGUCCGUGACAAACGGCCUGAGACAGAAACUUAGGGAUUUGAUGAAUGAUUUCCAGUGCCUGAGAGGGAAAAUUGUGGCUGAGCACAAAGAAGGCCUAAAGAGGAGCUACUAUACUGCCACGGGGACCCAACCGUCCGAGGAAACAAUCGAGAAGAUAAUGGCGGGCGGGGGGAAUGAGAGAGUUUUCGAAGGAAAGGCGGGGGAAAUGGCGAAGGAGAACGAAGAAAGGAAUAAGGGAGUUAAGGAGAUUCAGAAAAGCCUGGCAGAGCUUCACCAGGUGUUUCUUGAUAUGGCUGUAAUGGUGGAGACUCAAGGUGAGCAAAUGAACAAUAUAGAGAUGAAUGUGGCGAAUGGCGGGGCGUAUGUGAAGGAAGGGGCGGAGGAAUUGAAUCGAGCUAAGCAGAUGAAGAAGAAGAGGACUCUGCUUUGUUGGGUUGGGGUUAUUAUCCUUGCCAUUUUCCUUGUUUUCCUUCUUGCUAUCCUGUUUUGAAGGUUUUUGGAAGAUUUCUAGUUUUCCUAGUUUCUUAUUACCACUUUUUCAUUGAGUAAUCAUGCUUUGAUUCAUUUGGUUGAUUGAUUGAUAUCAUUCUUGUAUACCUAUAUACAGUUGGGGGCUUGGGGAAAAUAGUAUUCAUUAUAGUGUGAUGUUCUUCUUGUUGUGCUUAUGUAUUUAGCAUGCAUAAUCUUUUGAGAGAUUACUCUUGUGUAGGCUUAAUGAUCUGAAUUCAAUUUACAAAAAUUUAUUUGAA